AUGGUCGCUUUCUUUGUGCCUUUCGUGUCCCUCCUGCUGCUGCUUUCGCCGGCGCGUGCGGACCAAACCGACCCCUCGCCAAUGGUGAUCCGCUUGCAGCGCGUCCCGGGCAAUGGCACCCACUUCUAUGUGGGGAGGUUGUCCGUGGGCUCUCCGAAGCAAACCUUCUCGGUGCUCUUUGACACGGCCUCGGGGCAUGUACUUUUGCCUCACAGUUCCUGCAUGAGCAAGGCCUGUCAGAAGCACAAGCAGUUCUUCCCCUAUAAGUCCAAGACCUCCUUGGACGUGAACUCCAACGGCCUCCCUGUGCAGCCAGAGCACAAGCUGGCCUUGGGCAAGGUGAAGCGGGACGCCGUGAGCCUCGACUUCGCGCAGGCGGACCUGGGUGAAGGCUCCGCCAAGGCUGUCCUGGUGAAGGACCGAGUCUGCAUCGGCAGUGAAGUCGCACCCCUCUGCACCGAGGUCGAUGUCAUGGCCGCGGUGGAGAUGCAGCACCGUCUCUUCGAGGAGAUGCCCUACGACGGCCUCGUGGGCCUGGGCAUGGGAGGCCUCUCUGCAGAAGCCGGUUCCGACUUCUUCUCGCGCUUGGUGGCCAGCAAUCCAACUCUGGUGCCUCAACUGGGGAUGUCCCUGGGCGCGCAGAGUGGCGAGCUCUAUGUGGGACACCAGGAGGCCUCCCGGAUGUCCAAGGAGCUCACGUGGUUUCCCGUGCUGCAUCCCGAGGAUGGCUUUUGGGAAGUGGCUGUGAAGCAGAUCCGCCUGGGCAACCGAACACUGGACAGUUGCCAAAGCGGCUGCCGUGGAGUCAUCGACACCGGUGCCUCCAGGUUGGGCGUCCAGAAGGACAGCUUCGAAGUCCUUCGCAGCGCCUUAGCCACUGCAACUCCGCUCGUGGGCGGCGGUUGCCAGGGCGAGGACCUCCUCUUCGACCUCGGUGAGAUGACCCUGAAGCUUCGUGUGGAGGACUACGCGGCAGGGCCCAGCUGCGCUCCGCAGCUGGGCUCCUUGGAUCUGGAUCCCAAGGAGGGCUUCGCCGGCGUCUACGCCUUUGGCGAGGCCAUGCUUCGGCAGUACUACACGGCGCUCGACUGGACCCAGCGCCGCAUUGGUUUCGCCCCCGCAGCGCCCCGCCGCGUGCCGCUGUCGCGAGGAGGAUCACCCGCACCCGGUCGGAACGUUCACAAGCAACGGCAGCGAGAAAAAGCUGAGGGCUUGCAGAGUGGAAGGUGCUUGGCGGCUGGCGGAGGAGCCCUGCGGUCCAAGCCGGUGGCCUCAUGGAAGACCUCCUGGGAAGGCUGGCCUGCUCCAAUGGACCUCUCUUCAGCACGGAAACUGGCUUCGUCGCUGGGCGCCACCUCUAGUGCUCGAAGAGCUUCCGGCAGGGUGUUGCAGGCCGCCGCGCGCGCGCUGGUCGAGGCACAGGAACAUCUGGGAGCCGCACAGCUGCUCCUGGAGCUCCGGGAUUUCGGCGUCGAGCGCGAGGUGCUGGACCGGCGCCUCACCCCUUCAGAGGCGGAGCAGCUCUUCGACGAGGCGGCCGUGCGUUUGGGCCAUGCCUAUUUGAAUGCCAACCUUUGGGGCAACGCCUGGGAGGCGUUGAUCGCCGCGUGCGCCCAGCCGCGCUUGUCCCAGCCGCUGGCCUCCUGGGCGCUGUCGGGCCUGGCCUCCGCGGCGGAGCGCGGCUGUAAAGCGGCGACGGAGCCCCUGCGGCAGGUGGAGCUGCUGCAAGGAGCUCUGGAUGCCGAGGCGGUGUGGGGCGCGUUGCCCCGCGAGCGGCGCGAGGGCUUGGAAAUCUAUAUGGCCCUCUCUUUGGAGAAGAUCGGGCGUGUGAAGGAGAGCAAGGCACUCCUCACGCGGAUCGCACAGCAGGGCAGCGCCGAGCGGAGGCAGCAGGCCGAGUGGGCCUUGCUGGUCCAGGACGCGGAGUCGCCCACGGCGACGGCCGAGGGUCGAGAGAUGCGGCAGAUCUGGGACCAGGUGGCGCCAACCACCUCGACGUCGUUGCGGAGUGGCCGCACGGGUGCGGCCAUGGGUGGCCAGGGCCGCCGCAAAGCUGACGGUUUGGACGGGGCUUGGCCAGUCCUUGCGAUGUUGCUGUUGGCGCUGCCGCUAGCGGUCCCUUUGCUUCUGAUUGGCCGCUGA